CUUCUGAUCGUCGCCGGAGGAGGGCAGUAGACCGCGUUAGUCGUGUAAGCAGCUCGAGAAAUCAGCUCCGAAGAAGAUGCUCCCAGCAUUUAGUUUGACGCGUCCCAGCCACGUCAUCUCCAGAAACUCUCGCUCGACUGCCUUUAUUUUGUCUCUGUAACCUGCCGACCGCUUUGAUUUAUGCCUUUGCACGGCUCGUAGGGGGUGUCGUUUCCUGGCGUUCGCUGUGGAAUAGCUUUGUGAGCGCUGUUCUCUGUGCAAGUGACACGACUUGCCUCAGCUUUAUUCCAGCCUGAACUCCAGUUCUCUGUCAACAACAUGAACGUCUUUCGUCUGGCCGGCGACGUGUCGCAUCUGGUGGCGAUUCUCAUCCUUCUACUGAAGAUCUGGAAGUCCAAGUCAUGUGCUGGAAUCUCCGGCAAAUCUCAAGUGCUGUUUGCCACGGUCUUUACCACCAGAUACCUGGACCUGUUCACCGUCUUCAUAUCUCCGUACAACACCGUCAUGAAGGUGGUCUUCCUGGCUCUGUCCUACGCCACCGUCUACCUGAUCUACAUGCGCUUCAGGAACACCUACGACGCAGAGAGUGACACCUUCCGCGUGGAGUUUCUGCUGGUGCCCGUCGUCGGCCUCUCCUUCCUGGAGAACUACGCCUUCACUGCCAUGGAGAUCCUCUGGACUUUCUCCAUCUUCCUGGAGGCCGUCGCCAUCAUGCCUCAGCUCUUCAUGAUCACCAAGACGGGCGAGGCCGAGUCCAUCACUACGCACUACCUGUUCUUCCUGGGGCUGUACCGCGCCCUCUACAUCGCAAACUGGGUGUGGCGUUACCACACUGAGGGCUUCUUUGACCAGAUCGCGGUGGUUUCCGGAGUGGUCCAGACCAUCUUCUACUGCGACUUCUUCUACCUUUACGUCACGAAAGUUCUUCGUGGGCGAGGGAAGAUGAGUCUGCCGAUGCCAGUCUGAGCUCCCGCUGUGCCUCCCGCGGCCCUCACACAGAGCCGUCCUGGAAGUGAAGGUCUGGCUUCUAUCUGCCACCAAAACUUUCCACGUUCAGUCUGUCUUUGUACAAGUGCCGAAACCUUUGUUUGGAGUUUUCUACGCGUGGCGCUGGAGAUCUGGCGAAAAUGGGAUGCGCUUCUAGGUGUUCAGACUUUUUACGAAUUAUUUUUAUAUCCAUGAUCUUUGAUACCGAAAACAUUACACGAUACUCCAUCACCACUGCAUCAGAUCGAGUCAUUACCUUUAACGUCUGUUUCUCUUCUGCUUUGGAGAAAAAGGGUUCAACAUUUGUCUUAAAUUAAGCCUCAGAUAUGACUUCCUUUAUUUGCCUUUUGUACUUGACAGUUGUGUUUAGGGUUUCCUCUCCUGCAUUGUUUCUACAGAUGAAAUCUUCUCAUUCAUUGUUUGUUCUUCUGGUGUUCUGAUGAGCAAUAUUUAAGUGUGUGUUCAUUAUAAACAGUUUAAAAUCGA